AUGGUACCUGCAACUCAUCUUGAGGUUUAUGUAAAACGUCUCAUUGCGCAUGGGUAUAAGGUAGGCGUGUGCCGCCAGACUGAAACACGUGCUCUCAAAGCAGUGACGGAGAAUGCAAACAGACCCUUUGAACGCAAACUCUCAGGCGUUUAUACUGCCAGUACAUGGAUCGAUCAUGUUUCCUGCUGCGAAAAGUCUGACGAACAAGUGAUUUGUGCCAUUGUUGACCGCCCAACGUCUCGGACGUGCACUGCACUUGCGUUUGUCUCCAUCGAUAUGGCGACGUCCUCCAUCACGUACGAUGAAUGGCUCGACGAUUCAACACGUGAAGGGCUCUAUACACGUAUUAUGCACCUUGUGCCGCGCGAGGUCGUUUUGCUUUCCAGUCUGAGUGAUGGAACGCGAAGGGCCGUGUCAAUGUAUGCGGCUGCAUCUGCCACCUACAACGUCCGCAUGGAGACACGCGAAGCAUUCGAGCCGCUUGCCUCAUUCUUGCAAGGCGAUGUGCUUGCGUGGGCACUAGCUGCCUGCCCGGUUGAGGUUCAGCGUGCCUUGGCACUUUUGCUCACUUAUCUGGCUACGUACGAUUUGACAUCCGCGUUUCACUAUGUCGAUCAUUAUGCGACUUUCACCUCACGCUCGUCCAUGGUCUUAAGUGGAUCCACUUUGUCGCAUCUGGAACUGCUGCGUAACGCGACAGAUCAUGGUGGGGAUGGGAGUUUGUUUUGGCUUCUUGAUGAAUGUGCUACAAGUAUGGGCCGUCGGCUUCUUCGGCAGUGGAUCCGACGGCCCCUUGUUGAUCCUGUGGCUAUUCAGGCUCGUGCGGAUGCUGUCAGUCUGCUUCGUGAGCGCCGUGAUCGAAUUCUGCAUCGUGUCGUCUCUUUGCUCACCCACCUACCGGAUCUCACGCGCGGACUAACGCGGAUUCUGUACACACUUGUUGACCCCGCCGAACUUGUAUCAAUCCUUCUUACAUUGUAUCGUGUCACGCACGAAAUAGAGGCUCAUGAUUCCACGCGCAGCACACUUCUCAAUACUGCUCUUCAAGAUCUGCGUGCACCCAAGUCGGAGGUGAGCGCAUUUGUGUCCGCGUUACAUAUUCCCAACGCACGCAGCAAUUCGAAGGUGUCACUUUACACGGAUUCCUCAAGAUACCCAGCGAUUCAAAAGUGGAAGCAACAGCUAGAAGAUGAUGAGCUCGCGGCACAGUUGCAACUCGUUGACAUCCGCCGCAUCCUUCGUCGUCCAGCACUGCAAUUCAUCAGUAUCGCCGGCAUUGAUCAUCUUAUCGAGGUUCGUGCAUCCGAUGCAGGGCGCGUACCUGCCGAUUGGGUGCGGAUCAAUUCGACGAAGCGCGCCGUACGCUUCCACACACCGGCUAUUGUCGAACUGCAGCGCCAGCGUGAUCGGCACCGCGAAAUGCUUACCGCGGUCGCAAAUGAGGCAUUUCGCGAUUUUGUUCGACAUGUAGCUCAGGCAUACAUGCCACUUCGACGAGCUGUGCAUGCGCUUGCAACGAUCGAUGUGCUGACUAGUCUUGCACGUGUUGCCUCGCGACCUGGCUAUGUCCGACCCCAUGUCCAUGACCAAGGUAACUUGAUUCAGUUGCGUCAAUGUCGGCACCCCGUGACAGAGGCACGGACAAAUGGGUACAUCCCCAACGAUAUUGCGUUAGGAAGCCUGAAACAAACUGAAGCACCGCGUGGGAUGCUCUUAACCGGCUCGAAUAUGGGUGGAAAAUCCAGCAUGAUGCGCGCCAUCGCAUUGACAAUAAUUAUGGCCCAGAUUGGCUCUUUUGUUCCAUGUCAAUCAGCAGAGAUUACAUGCCGUGAUGCGAUUGCUUCUCGCAUGGGUGCUCGAGACGACAUUCUGCGCGGCGAAUCAACGUUCCUUGUUGAAGCGCGUGAAACCGCAUUCAUCCUGCGCACGUCAACGCCCCGAACACUGGUGUUGCUGGACGAGUUUGGCCGUGGAACUUCUACCUUUGACGGGAUGGCUCUAGCAUACGCAGUGCUCCGCUCAUUUCUCGAGCGUGGACCAGCCAUGCCGACUCUCCUGUUUAUUACUCACUAUGUCCCACUUACACGCCUGGCACACUUGUUCCCUCAACAGCUGAUGAAUGUGCAUAUGCAAGUGCAAAUCAUGCGUCACCAGGGCAAAGAAGACGAAGUGGUUUUUCUACAUCGGGUUCUGCCAGGUGCUGCAUCCAGGUCAUUCGGCAUCCACGCUGCAGCACUGUCUGGCAUUCCAACCACCAUCAUCGAGCGCGCCAAGAGUAAAGCCCUUGAACUUGAAGAGGCUGAGCGUUUGAUACAUUACGCACACGUGGUCAAGCUUCUAGGCCAAGGCGAUGCAGAGGCCGCUUUGGAGUCUAUACAAUCCAUAACACUUGAAGCAUAG